AUGUCUUCUUCAUCGUCGAAGGAGAAAGAUGUUGAAGCAGUUCCUUCUCCCACAUUGCCAGAGCACGGAGAGAUCAGGACUCUCUCUGCUCGAAACGCCGACGAUGCUCUCGAGUUCCUUCAACAUGAAGGCGCCGUUAGAGAAAUGACAGCAGCUGAUGAGAAGACGCUUCGAAGAAAGAUCGAUUGGAUGAUAAUGCCCUUGAUGUGGUCGUGUUAUUGCUUGCAGUAUCUGGAUAAGACGCUCAUCAACUAUGCGAAUGUUAUGGGACUGCAAGAGGACGCCAACCUAUCGAAGGGGCAAUUCAGUAACCUAGCUCUCAUCUUCUACGUUUCGUACCUCGCACUCGAGUUCCCUCAUGGAUACGGCAUGCAGRAAUUACCGACGGCCAAGUACCUAGGCGCAAUGGUGUUCCUUUGGGGAACUAUUGUGGCGGUCWCAAGUGCCUGCAAGAAUUAUGGAGCUUUAGUAGCUACGAGGGUACUACUUGGUGCUUUUGAAGCUGCUGUCGCUCCCAGCCUCAUUCUAAUCACUGGGAUGUGGUACAAGCGAAACGAGCAGCCACCACGAGUCGGAAUCUGGUACUUGGGAGUCGGCACUGGAACGAUACUCGGUUGUUUGAUCUCUUUCGGGUUUCAGCAUGUGACCAGCAAUAGCUUUUACAACUGGCAGAUCAUGUUCCUCACAGUUGGGAUCAUCACAUGUUCUGUUGGAAUACUAGUCAUACUGUUCCUUCCAGACAACCCCUUCAAGUCCCGUCUCACACACGAAGAGAAAGUAUGGGCAGUCCAACGUCUUCGAGAGAACCAGACUGGUAUCGAAAACAAAAUCUUCAAAUGGACCCAAGUCAAAGAGUGCUUCCUCGAUCCACAAACCUUACUCCUCUGCCUCAUGACAACAGCAAGCUCAGUCCCCAACGGCGCGGUCUCCAGUUUCCAAGCAACUAUAAUCCGUGACUUUGGCUACGACAGCAAGACUACAGCACUGCUAUCCAUCCCAUCCGGCGGUGUCUCAAUCGUCGCAGUCUUCUGCUCCACGUAUUUAGCAGGCCGCUACAACCAACGUGGAAUUCAAAUCAUAACCCUCCUCAUUCCAGGCGUUCUCGGCGGAGCUCUCAUGGCUUACCUACCCGAGGACGCCAAAGCUGGAAAGCUCAUCGGGAAUUACCUCACUCAGACCAUAGGCGCUUCCUUGCCUUUACAGUACAGCUACGUGUCCGCGAACUUUGCAGGCCAUACAAAAAAAGUGACGAUGAACGCGCUGUUGUUGAUGAGCUUCUGUUUGGGCAACAUUCUUGGUCCGUUGACGUUUACGGCUGAAAGCGCACCGGAGUAUGUACCUGCCAAAGCGGCUAUUAUUGGGACCUGUGCUGCUGCUAUUGUUUUCGUGGUGCUUUUGCAGGGUUAUUAUGUGUGGGAGAAUAAGAGACGAGCAAAGGUCGUUGCUGGAAUGGGAACGGGAGCGCAGACUGACUUGGACUUUUCUGAUCAGACUGAUCGUCAGAAUGUGUUUUUCAGGUAUCAGCUUUGA